GGUGGGAAAAAAUUAUAGAAGGGUAACCAACGACGCUGACUGAUGUUCCCUUUCAACGCCUUUACCAUGUAAUAAAGUCACAACCACGAACAUUCGAGUAGAACAGAUGUAAAGAUUAAAAAAGCAAUCUGACUUACCGAACAAUGGCUUUGCAAAUUGAUGAUCAAGAUUCAAAACCGACGGAUAUGGCAGACGGCGCAGGCAUUCAGGCAACGAACACCAACAAAGUCGACAUUCCAGCAAUGGAUGACUUACUGCAAGACCUAGAGACUCUAGAUCUGACUGAAGAAGAAACUGAAAACCUGUUAGGAGAAGCACAGCGAAUUAAUAAGAUAUUAAAAGCCAAAUUAAAAGAACAAGAAAUGCAAGAAGCUGAGAUACAGAGUCAGAAAAGGAGGAAUUUACCACCGAUUGAAAGAAGUCAGCUUUCUUCUGCAAAAAAGUUGUAUGGAACCUCAGUUACGAGAGUGUCGAAAUCGGGAUCUAGCUGCUCAAGGUCAAGCCCAAGCAAACUGUUGGGGGAACAAGCUAGACCCAAGUCAUUAGAUAGUGCCAGAGUUAAAGCUCAUUCAAAGACUGCUCAAAAGGUGAAAAAGCAGGAGUCUCAAGGUGGAAAACAACCUUGGAAUGACAGAUUUUCAUAUGAAUGACAGGGUGGUGCAAUAGAUUUCUUGAAAAGACCAAUUUUUAACUCUUAACAUUCCAACCUCAUGUAAAAAAAAAAAUCAAAAUUGAUAUUUUUCAGAAAUUAUUUUUAAUGGUUUAUAUAAAGCCACUUGUUGCAUUACUGGACUGCUGUGAACCAAGAUGGUAACUUUCUAUUGGAGUUGAGGUGUGACUAUUUCUUUGUAAAUUUCAUGUACACAGUCUUACUGUAACAAUAAAAUGUAUGGUGCCAAAGUAUUUCAAAAGGUUUCAUACCAGACUUUUGUCUCAAAACUUCCCUUUUUAAACAAUCUGUCCCAAUUCCCAAAGGCAUGCCACCAUUAAAUUUAAGAAAUCUCUCGCCCUCUCAUUAAGUGAAAAUCAAAUACUGCAACUAUGCAUUUCCUCUAAAUGAUAUAAAUUGACUUAACUUGACUUUUUCUAAAUAUUUCAAAUAAAAAUGAAAUUUUAGUACUCAGUAUAAGCAAAGUUUAUUAUUAUGGGUACAAAACACUGUACAUGAGUUUUUACAAUUCAUUAACCGAAACAAUUUCAGCCAUACCACCUCAACACAGCAUUGGUCUGGUGCAAGGUUUCCAUUCAUUUCAAAACACCCAAAUAUAAUAAUACAUAAAUACUACUUAACUGCACAUGUAUGUUCAUAAUCCUAAUCCAAGUCCUGCCCAAAACUUGUGUACUUAUAUUUGCAAUUACAAUGUGCUCCGACUGAAAUAAUUUCUUCACAAGACAAAGAUCACAAAACAUUUUUGCCAAUUUUCAAGUAACACACCCAGUAAAUGAAAUAAAGGUGGAAUUUACCUGUAUUUCAAACUUUCAUCUGGUAUAUCUAAAAACACACUAUAUCCAGUAUCCUGCAGUCAAUUCAAGGCUACCUGCUGCUGUCAUUCAUUGCAUUUUGACAUACCCAGUAGCAGCAAUGAAUAUUCUUUAUGACAAAAACAACAAAAUAUAUAUAUAUAUAUUGUACCCAAUACUUGUAUCAAAUUGAACUCUAGACUGAAGUCCUGGGUUCUAAAUUUAUCUACAAGGAAAAUGUAUUUAUUAACAUUGCUAUGACUUUUUUGACAAAAUCAGCAAUCGGCCAAGCAGUACCAAAGCCUCUACUAAGCGGUAUUGAAACAAAAAGAAAAAAAAAAA